UUCGCAUUCGUAGCGGUUGUGUGUAGAAUUUGCAAAAUAUUUGCGUGUUACCAGUCGCAUGCGCAGGCCGGUACAGUACGUUUACGUUAUCGUCAACGUAACCUGUUUUAUUAAUUUCCGAUAGUAAUGUUAUUUAAUAUUUUCAACUUAGGCAGUAUGCGUGUGUGGUAUCUCCUGUCUUUGCUGUUUGGACACUGUGUCUGCAAAGUCUAUUUCGAUAAACUUGACCGCUACAUAAUAUCCUGUCACACGACGGACUUCGAGUGCUUCAAGCGGCAGUACAAGGCGCUGCGGGACAAUGUGUUACUGGGCAACGACAGGCUGGGCAUUCCCACCUAUGAACAUUAUGUCUUUGCUUACGGAGGAGGCACCUGUGUCAAGCUGACAGGCUUAGAAGAAAGUGAAUUGGCUGCCAUCAAAUUUGAAAGCGAGCAGAAGAAAUUGACGCUGGUGCUGGAACUGCCACUGAGGAUCCAACAGGUCAAGGACACUAUCAAAAUGUGUGCCAGACCUGAUCGAGAAUUCAACAUCGUUCAGCCGCAGAAGAGUCCUCUGAUGAGAUUUACUGGAAAUGCAACUAUAGGAAUAACAUAUCCAUAUAAACUAAAGAAGAAGAAGGGCAUGGUGUACCUGCAGCUGGAAGACGAGAACCUGGACGUGAUCCUCGACAUCCCGGACCUGAGCCACUUCCAUCUCAACAGUGAAGUUGAAGCCAAGUUGUACGAAUGGUCGGAGUGGGCGUACGAGGUGGUCCAACACGUGGACGCAGCGGAGUACUUCGCACUCCCGUACACCUCCCAGCUACGGACCCUAAUGGACCAUCUACCUUUAUACAGGUUCAUCAUGCUUUACCCAGAAGAAGAAUACGAGGACUUACAAUUCUCAUAUUCAGAAGCAACAGUUGCUACCAAUCCUUAAAUUAGACAACAUCUUGUUUAAAAAGUUCGAAUCGUAUCUGAUCCAAUCAAACACAAUUCAAUAAAAUAAAAUUAUAUUAUCUAUGACAUAAAAUAUCAUUUGACAGCUAUCACUUUUAAACUUCGAACGUUCAAAAAAGAAAAUAAUUAAUUGAACAACUAAAAAUUAAACGUUGCCAGAAAAUUAAAAGAUAGAAAAUUAUUGUUUUUAAUAUUAAGUACUUUUGUAAUAUUUUUAACUGAUAUUAAAAAAAGUAAAAUAUUGGCCAUUUUUGUAAUAAAGGGAAUUAUAAAUUGUUCGUAAGCUAAUACCGUGUAUUCUCUAAAUUAUUAAGCAGAUUUAAUAGGCAAAAAUACUAUUUACCGUUUACGAUACGACCACGACACGACACAGAAAAAGUAAUGGAUAUUUUUAUUUUUACGUAUAAAUAUGUUUUUGUAUUGUGUAUAUGUCACUUUUACAGCAGUUACAAAAUUUUGUUAUUUUAUUGUUAAGACGAAAUAAAAUUUGUAUUUCUUGAACUGUAGUAAAAAUUACUUACUUAUGUAUUUAAGUUAAACUUUUGUACUUUUAUAAAUUACGUUAAUUCUAGUUUCAGUUUUAAUUAGCAGUAAGCAUUGAAUUUUAUUGAUAAAUAAAUUGAAAUCAAAUGUUAAUAAUUUUUGUUUUAAGUACCGUAUUUCUAUAUUUUGUAUUUUAAACGACCUUGAAGUUGAAGUUUCUAUUACUAUCUUAACUAUACAUGCUUCUAACCUAAUACCCCGUCGGUAAACAACUCUGUUAAAUAACAAAAAUUAAAUCGUCACGACUAAAAGUCCUCAAAAUUAGCCAUUACAACGCCUCAACAUUAUAGGGCUUUCGAAAAAAUAAUUAAAAGUACCGUUUUAGUACCAGCGAGAGCGAUAAUUUAUCCGGGUCACUGCUGCCGGUUAAAAAACCGGACGAGGAUAAAAAUUAACGGGUAUUAAUCCCCAGGCGAAAAUUGGGGAUGUUGAGGGGAAUUUAUAAAAACCCGUGGAAUUAAUACAAUGUCAGUAUGAAUGUUGGCCCAACUCAAUUAUUUUUUAAAUAAAGUUAUUGUUGUGUAAUACUUUCUUACCCUUAUAUUGAAUAAUGGGGUUGUCAAUGAGUAGAUUGGAC